CCUAUCCGGCUAUCCCCAUCGGCUUCCUCCCCACAAGUCGUGUCCACCACCAACAAACUCGUACCCUUAUUCCCACGAGACAGUGCGUGGCCAUGGCCUCUCGCGACGGCGCCACCUUCCAAGUGUACCGGGCCAUGCCCGCGCCGACGCCGAUGUCUCUGGCGUCCGCCGCUCCAGCCGCCGCCGACGCCGCGGCGCCGAAGAAGGCGGGCGCGGGCGCGGGCAAGGACCGGCACAGCAAGGUGAACGGGCGCGGGCGGCGCGUGCGGAUGCCGAUCGUGUGCGCGGCGCGCGUGUUCCAGCUGACCCGCGAGCUGGGGCUCAAGUCGGACGGGCAGACCAUCGAGUGGCUGCUCCGGCAGGCCGAGCCCUCGAUCCUGGCGGCCACGGGGUCCGGCACCACCCCCGCCGUCUUCUCCUGCUCCUCCGCGCCGUCCACCUCCGCGGCCAGCGCCGGUGCCGGCGCCGGUGUCUCCCUCCCGCUCCUCGGGAAGCGCCCGCGCGAGGAGCACGAGCCGGCGGUGGCGGUGGCAGUGGCGCCGGCGCCGUUCUGGGCCACCCUGCAGGCGCGGCCCGUGGCGGCGGCGUGGGGGCUCUCGCCGGCGCAGGAGGCGGCGGCGCAGGCGUACGCGUCGGUGGCGGCGCAGGGACACCACCUCAACCUGCUCUCCGUGCUCUCCGGCGCCGCGAGGCCGUCGGAGGAGGAGUCCCGGUGACUCGCCGCACUGUUGCUACGUAAUCGCAUGCGUUGACGCGUGGUGGCAUGCCGCAUGCGUCUCGUUUCCGUGCAUCUCCGGGGGGGGGGGGGGGGGGGGGGGGGGGGUGCGUUGCGCGUGUUUUCCCUGUGGUUUUGCGGUGUGAGAGGAAUGCGGCGAGCUGGACAAGGAGGAUCCAGAGCGCGAGAUCGGAAUCGGAUCGGGGUUAGCGGCUGUAGAUAGCAUUCGUCAGGUUUGUGUUUGUGAUAAUGAGCUCGCCGUGGUUCUGUGGUGUGGUUAUGUAUGCAUGCAUGCAUGCAUGCCGAAUUGUCAACUGAUCUGAAUCCUAACACUAAAUAAUGCACGUCCCGGUGUGUGCAAUUCCGCAUGACGUUGCCUUGACUGCUGUUUUGAAUAGAAGAAACCUACCUUUGCCGUUUGAGAA